UCAGAUGAUGCCGCUCAAAUAAAGCCAUUCACGGAGACUACUAUUACACUAACAAAGGAGACGGCAGGCCUUGGUCUUGGAAUUGUUGGCGGAUCAGAUACUUACUUGGUAGGUAAACUACAGUCAUUCCCGGUCCAUCCUCGGAGACCCAGUGGCAGAUAGUAGGAUCGAGGAAAAGUCUAAACGGGUGGGAAAAAAUGGCGGGAAGAAAAGUAAUUUUCGUGUCAUUUUUUUCCGCCCGUUUAGACUUUCCCUCGCCCCCACUAUCUGUCCCUGGGUCUCCGAGGAUGCUACCGGUCUCGAAUAGGUUCAGUCUCCCGUCUUGGGUGUCUUGAUGCGCUAGCGGUACUCCCCAACCGGGUGAAGAGUGCCGUGCGUACGCCAGUUUCGCCCCCGCCACUACGGACACAGAACUGGUCACAGACCUUAGGCAAUGUCCCGUAUUAAGCACUUACCGUCACAAACAUUAAUACUCCUUUUAUUGUAAAGAAGAAGGUUAGUAUUGUCAAAAGGACUUCAGGUUAGCAUUAUCAAACCAAACAUCUCCAACUUAUAAAUCGCAUUUCUUCUUUGCGGUUUGUCUGUUAGAACGGAGGCCAGUUGUUCAUUCAUUACUCAAUCUAUGCAAUUCUCAGCAAAACUCGCUUCUAAUUGUUACCAAAGUUGUUUCGACCUUCUUAUAUCUCUUCUAAUUCUCCCUGUAACUAUUGAAAACCGCAUGCUAUCGUCUUAAUUGUUGUUGUUGUUGUUUGUUUGAUUUACUGAUUUGUCACCGUCAACAAAACGAAAGCGUAUUACUGGAUUACACAGUUUAUUACGACAUGUCUAUAAUAGCGAAAUUAACUUGCUAUGCAUCAUGGGAAUCAAUCUUUGAUAAGUCAAGGAAUAAGCUUUCCUUGUCGCGAUAAAGGCCAAGGGUCUUUCCAUAUUAAGAAAAGUUUUAAACAGCUCAGCAGAAGUUGGAAUAUAUGCUGAGGAAAAAAGGAAAAAUAGAAAAAAAAUGUCUAGAACAAUUCAAGAAAUUACAACAAAAGACCUCCUCAUAGUCUUCUCAUUUGUAAACGGACACUGACAUCGUAAAUGCACUCUUACCUAUUAUUGGAUGAGGUUUUAGUGAUAUCUGAAAUAAUCAAGGACGAGCCAGCCGAGCCGAAGGCCGAGGCUGAUAACACUUACCGAGACCUUGAUUAUUUAGCAUAGCACAACCACCGAAUCUAAUAAUUGUUUUAUUAUACAUUGGCUUGAAUAAACCAGAAUUAAUAACUGUAAUUGUCAUUGGAAAUAAUGCAUUGCUGAUUUCCCCAAUUAGCUGUAGGCUCUUAGCCAAUGAGAAGACAGAUAAUGAGUACAAUGUAUAAUAAUAACUAAUAUCCUCAUCAAUGUCGUGAAAAUAAUACGUGGUGCUGGAAAAGAACUACAAAAAUGGUCAUGCUGGGAAUUACACUGAUUGCAGAGAGAAGUUGUCAUCAAUGUUUUAGAGCCUGGAGGCGCGGCAGCUAAGGAUGGAAGACUUGCUGUUGGGGACCAGAUCCUCGCGGUGAGUCUAACAACGAUUACUUAUUUAAUUAAGUCUAGUUACCUAUUUACAUUGGGGUGUUAAAACCAAACAGCACCACAGUUCCAGUUCCUACUGCCCAGGUAGUGAUGCAACGUUGGACAAAUAUCAUUCGCACUGUAUAUGGGCAUCUUAAGGUUUUUUUUUUUUUUUUUCGAAUGUGUGCACCCAAAAAUACACAUUAACGCACACAAGUCCAAAUCAGUCUAUUCAAACAAGAAUAAGCAACGGAAUAACUGAAAAUGUAUAGUCAUAAUUUUAAGUUCCAGGACGGAAUGUUCCAAACGAAAAUUCGUAUUCCAUUUCCUCAAAGCCAUUUAUGAUACCUGAGUUUCAGGACUUCGCGCCGUUUUUCGGUACAUGCCGGAACUGACUUUGUACCAAUCAUAGUAAACGUGUUUCCUGGAAAAAAAAAUUACCGGUCCUGAAUUUUUAAUUUGCUGACAAUUUUCCCAAAUCGUGAACCAACAGGUUUUCCCAUGUCAGUAAAUAAAAUGGUAAACAACAUCUGUGUACAAUUCCGUACCAUGGUGUCAUUUCUUUGAGAACCUCAAAUCGUCCAGGGCUAAUGAAUUUUUACUUUUGUGUAGUGCACCUUCGGAAGAGUGAAUAUCAAGGUAGGGCGAAUUCCGUCGCUGUACGACUCUCUCACUUCUUCCACAACCAAGGAAUCUUACAUAAACCAUGGGCUUGAAGACGAGAGAGGUACGUAAUCUUCAUUUUGUAUUGCACGAGGAGUUAGUCACCCCAUAUAAGGGAAUCCAAAACAGUCUUGAAUUCUGGAUUCCAGUCUUUGUCAGUGGAACUUAGAUUCUAGACUCCAAUCGUUUGUAGGAUUCCGGAUUCUUUCAGCCUGCGUUGCAGGCGUAAUUUAACUCAAGUUAGUAACGUCUGCGAAGCAGCGCCAAAAUCCUAGUUCUGGGCCUCCAACGGACUCAACGAAUUACCGGAAAUGCGUUUCUAAUUUCCUUUCAAGCUGAUUGACAAAUCGACUGAUGGCUUUUUAGGCAGGCCAAUCAUUGCGCUUACUCAAAUCCUCGUAGACAAGUAGGGCCCAGAACAAGGAUUUCGACGCUGUUUCGCAGACGAACUUAGCCAGAGUGUAGUUUCGUCGGUGGCGCAGGCUUGAUUCUUUCAGCCGUAUCUCGGAUACCAAAGCCAAGGAUUCCGGAUUCUUAAUGGAAAUAUUUCCAGGAUUUCGAAUUCACAAGUAAAAAAAUUCCCGGAUUCCGGAAUACACCAUUUGCACAUCUCCCAUAAUGCACCUUAUUUCCCCCCCCAAAAAAUUGCGUAAGCAUUGUUUUCAAUUUCUCUUGGGACGGCUGUAAUAUCCAGAAGAAAUGAAAAACAAAGGUUAUGCAAAAUUUCACUGGGGGCAAAUAAGAUGCAUUAUGGGAGAUGCGAAAGUGGCGUAUAAGGGAAAGCAGCAACAAGGUUAAUUAUACCAAUGGAGAGAGGUAUCUUUCAAAAUUGUGCUGCCAAAUCAUUCAAUGUCCUUCCGCAAAUAUUAGAAACUGUAGCGAUUUCAAAGUAUACUGUUGGGAAGUUAAUGCUUACCUAUUAAAUAAAAUUUGUAAAUAGUUUUGUAUUUUUAAACAAGUUUUGAACUUGUAUUACUAUUACUACAAUUUUUUUUUUUUAAUUUUAAAUCUCUGUUACAUUUUCAUACAAUAUCCUUCCAUAGGCCGAUACUAUUGCUUUUUAUAUUGUAGAUUUCGUAAUUUAUUUAAUUUGUAGUUUUUAACAGGUGAAGAUAAGAGCCACUAGGUGGAUAUACUGUUCAUAAGCCAUUAUUAUUAUUAUUACUAUUAUUAUUAUUAUCAUCAUUAUUAUUAUUAUCCGGAUUCCCUUACAUAAUAAUAACAAUAAUAAUAGUAAACAGCAACAACAACAACUCUAUUGACUUUAUCUUCGACAUGAAGAUUUCAGUACCAAAACAGUCAAUACAAUGACAAAUGAAACAAAAGAACAAAUUUACCCAGGAUGACUGCGUCAGUUUAGAAAAACUGCUAUCAAUGCAAAGUAAAAAGAUGAAAACGGUAAUAUCUCGCUUUGCCUUUUCUGGUAGGACUUAAAUCGAAUUUUCGUCGAUGGAAUAGCUAUGGAUGGGGACAAAAGAAGACGAAAAAGAGCAAAAUACCUCGUGAAAAUGGCAAUGAUGCCCCUUCAAGAAGAAGAUCGAAAAGAGAAAUUAUUUAAUUAUUGUUAGUGCGCGUGGGGGGGGGGGGGAGAAAAAAGAAAGUGGCUUAGGGUGGCAGGCCCCACUGCCGUGGUAAUAAUAAAACUUUUUUCAAAUAUUAUUCGCACUUUAUAUGGUCAUCUUAAGGUUUUUUUUUUUUUUUUUUCGAAUGUGUGCACCCAAAAAUACACAUUAACGCACACAAGUCCAAAUCAGUCUAUUCAAACAAGAAUGAAAACAAAAAAACAAAAAAAACUAAAAGCAGUAAAUAAAUAAAAGCGACAUUGAUUAAAGAAUCUUAGUCAGAUCUCCCUUUUUCGCAGGUCAAUGGCGAAAGUCUUCAAAAUAUUAGCCAUAAAAAAGCAGUGUCCGCCUUGAGAUUGGCAUCGUCUCCUGUUAGGAUAACAAUUUACCGUGAAGAUCCUGAGUCAAUUUUCACUUCAUCUGAAGGUAAUGAGUGACUUCGCAACAACUUUAAAUUUAUCGAUCAUAUUGCUGGUAAUACCUACCAUCCGCACAUCAUAAUUCGUUUUUGUUUGCUUGUUAUCUUUUGUUGAUUGUUACUUGUAUUUUUGAGGAUAUAUCUUGGACAACACCCUUAUGUUCCUGGCAUCCCAUGAUUCAUGUCUUUCACUUUCUCCUUGUAUUCUGUCGAUGUAGAACCCUCAGCAAUGUUUGAAGUGAAUUUGGUAAAGUCUAUCACCGAUUACAUUGGGCUUAGCAUUCUCGCAAGAAAGUACGUAUCAUACAAUAUCAUGGAUAUUUUGUGAAAAAAGCAAGUUUCUUAAGUUUCUGGAGACCCCAGGCGAGAUGAAGGAUAAAUGACACGAAAUAUUCACUGGCAAUUUCGUUGCAACACCUACCAUAAAAACCAGAGGGAGGCCUCUGGACACUUACUGUUACCGAAUCAGCUCCAGAAUGGAAUUAAUUCCCUGAUUUUUACUCGCAAGAGAUUGUUCCUAUAAAACUUUGUCUGGUAGAUACUCCGUUUAGAAGAACUUACCCCAGGUCCUCCCGGAUGACUUCUUUCCUGUUUUAUAUAUAUCCCCAACGGUUUAAGAUUUACUGAGAUUCCGGGUGGGUACCUCAAUAAACCAUUAGCUUUGUUGCUUCAGAAAAAAACCCUGACUUAAGGUUUGUUAUUUCUAUGCCAAGAGCUAAUUAGUCCUUGUAUCCUCAAGAAAGAUCGUUCAAAACACAUUUUUCAACUGAUCAUUAUCAGUGUAUUACUGUAUUGUUUAACACCUUACUUCACUUAAAUACUUUAGGGACAAGAAAGGAGUAUUUGUCACUUACGUGGUAAGAUGCAAAAAUUCGUUCAAGUUUAUUUUAGAGACACGCAGCAAAGCCUAUAAUUAUAUACACGUACAUCAGUACGUAUUUGAUUUCAUUGAGUACGUUGGUAUGUUCUAUCAUUAUCGACCAUCUUUUUGUCUUUGUCGAUCUUUACAUCUUAGUCAGAGGACGGCAUUGCUUACAGGGAGGGCUCAAUUCACCAGGGAGACAAGUUGCUCGAAGUUAAUGGCGUAAAUCUCAAGAAGAGCUCUCAGGAAGAAGCGUGUAAAGCUCUUAGGGUGAGAAAAGGAUUCUCGGCUUAAAAAUAACCGCAGGCGUCCCAAACUCAAUAUGUAAGAGCAACUGUUAAAAAUUAACUACAUAUAAAUCCCAUCCACUGAAGGAAAGCACUGGUUGUUUACUAUUUACAAAAUGUUUCCCAAAAAUCUGGUUGGGAAGUAAACGGAACACGACUUUUGCGUCAGUACCUGCGGAAAACUUCCAGGAGCAACGGAAUAACUGAAAAUGUAUAGUCAUAAUUUUAAGUUCCAGGACGGAAUGUUCCAAACGAAAAUUCGUAUUCCAUUUCCUCAAAGCCAUUUAUGAUACCUGAGUUUCAGGACUUCGCGCCGUUUUUCGGUACAUGCCGGAACUGACUUUGUACCAAUCAUAGUAAACGUGUUUCCUGGAAAAAAAAAUUACCGGUCCUGAAUUUUUAAUUUGCUGACAAUUUUCCCAAAUCGUGAACCAACAGGUUUUCCCAUGUCAGUAAAUAAAAUGGUAAACAACAUCUGUGUACAAUUCCGUACCAUGGUGUCAUUUCUUUGAGAACCUCAAAUCGUCCAGGGCUAAGGAAUUUUUACUUUUGUGUAGUGCACCUUCGGAAGAGUGAAUAUCAAGGUAGGGCGAAUUCCGUCGCUGUACGACUCUCUCACUUCUUCCACAACCAAGGAAUCUUACAUAAACCAUGGGCUUGAAGACGAGAGAGGUACGUAAUCUUCAUUUUGUAUUGCACGAGGAGUUAGUCACCCCAUAUAAGGGAAUCCAAAACAGUCUUGAAUUCUGGAUUCCAGUCUUUGUCAGUGGAACUUAGAUUCUAGACUCCAAUCGUUUGUAGGAUUCCGGAUUCUUUCAGCCUGCGUUGCAGGCGUAAUUUAACUCAAGUUAGUAACGUCUGCGAAGCAGCGCCAAAAUCCUAGUUCUGGGCCUCCAACGGACUCAACGAAUUACCGGAAAUGCGUUUCUAAUUUCCUUUCAAGCUGAUUGACAAAUCGACUGAUGGCUUUUUAGGCAGGCCAAUCAUUGCGCUUACUCAAAUCCUCGUAGACAAGUAGGGCCCAGAACAAGGAUUUCGACGCUGUUUCGCAGACGAACUUAGCCAGAGUGUAGUUUCGUCGGUGGCGCAGGCUUGAUUCUUUCAGCCGUAUCUCGGAUACCAAAGCCAAGGAUUCCGGAUUCUUAAUGGAAAUAUUUCCAGGAUUUCGAAUUCACAAGUAAAAAAAUUCCCGGAUUCCGGAAUACACCAUUUGCACAUCUCCCAUAAUGCACCUUAUUUCCCCCCCCAAAAAAUUGCGUAAGCAUUGUUUUCAAUUUCUCUUGGGACGGCUGUAAUAUCCAGAAGAAAUGAAAAACAAAGGUUAUGCAAAAUUUCACUGGGGGCAAAUAAGAUGCAUUAUGGGAGAUGCGAAAGUGGCGUAUAAGGGAAAGCAGCAACAAGGUUAAUUAUACCAGUGGAGAGAGGUAUCUUUCAAAAUUGUGCUGCCAAAUCAUUCAAUGUCCUUCCGGCAAAUAUUAGAAACUGUAGCGAUUUCAAAGUAUACUGUUGGGAAGUUAAUGCUUACCUAUUAAAUAAAAUUUGUAAAUAGUUUUGUAUUUUUAAACAAGUUUUGAACUUGUAUUGCUAUUACUAUUUCUUUUUUUAAUUUUAAAUCUCUGUUACAUUUUCAUACAAUAUCCUUCCAUAGCCCGAUACUAUUGCUUUUUAUAUUGUAGAUUUCGUAAUUUAUUUAAUUUGUAGUUUUUAACAGGUGAAGAUAAGAGCCACUAGGUGGAUAUACUGUUAAUAAUCCAUUAUUAUUAUUAUCAUUGUUAUUAUUAUUAUCCGGAUUCCCCUACAUAAUAAUAGUAAUAAUAAUAAUAGUAAUAAACAACAACAACUCUAUUGACUUUAUCUUCGACAUGAAGAUUUCAGUACCAAAACAGUCAAUACAAUGAGAAAUGAAACAAAAGAAACAAAAGAACAAAUUUACCCAGGAUGACUGCGUCAGUUUAGAAAAACUGCUAUCAAUGCAGGUCCUGCUACACAGGGUGGAGUGAAGUUCCUUACCUGACGUUUUAUUAGUUGUAUACGAUCAUUGUCAUUCUCGUUAUCAGUAAAAAGAUGAAAACGGUAAUAUCUCCCUUUGCCUUUUCUGGUAGGACUUAAAUCGAAUUUUCGUCGAUGGAAUAGCUAUGGAUGGGGACAAAAGAAGACGAAAAAGAGCAAAAUACCUCGUGAAAAUGGCAAUGAUGCCCCUUCAAGAAGAAGAUCGCUAAGCUGCCGAGAUUAUGGCCGAGAUUCUGACUUUGACUUAGAAGGACUGGAACGAGUUUCUUCUGAACGUGAGGUUAGAGGUAAUGCUGCCCGGAUUCGUCCCUGA